AUGUGGAUACCCAAAUGUGAAUACCCAAAAGUGGAUGCACCUAAUGUGGAUAGUGUAGUGUGCAUCAACUGUGGUGGUGACCAUAUAUCUGGUCAUUCAGCAUGUCCAGUAGUACAAGAAAAACGUCAUGCUCUUGCGGAACAAUCAAAAAGACAAAGAUCAGAACUAUUGAUUCGAGCUGAACGACAACGACAACGACAUCAAUAUCAUUUUCAAGGAAGUGAUUAUCCAGCAUUAUUAAAUGAUAAUCAAUCGUAUUUAUCUACAGAAAUUCCACAUCAAGCUGCAGAAUCUUCUCAAAAAUUUAAUCAACGUGAACGAAGUUCACCGAAAAAUAUUGAAUAUACUUUGUCUUCUUUCUUGAACAAAAUGGAACGUCGGUUGGAUGAAUUCGCUUCUCGUCUGCCAUCACAGCUAUGUGAUAUCGAUAAGAAAAUAAAUGUCUAUUACGAUCGUCAAGUUGAAAUGGAAAAUAUUCUUCAUGAAACAAUUCUUCCAACUAUUCAAGAAUUAGCCCGUUUAGUAUCACAAUCGUCCAGAAAUCGAAAUACUCAAGAAGAUUUAGAAAAAUUGAAUAAGAAAAUCAAAGAAAUCUUAGUGAACCAAAAACAUCAAUCGAAUUAUCACAACAAGAAAUUAGCAUCUGACCACGCCAACUACAUUGAAUCUAAUGUCUCUUCUCAAUAA